AGGGAAGUUCAUCUUGCAGGUCUCUGCUGAGUCCUCGGUUUAUUUCUGGUAUUUCUCAGUGAGGUUGAUCCUAGGCAGUUGGACCAGGUGAUCACAGUGGAUCACAGGGAUCUGAUCUAAGCUUCUGAGCUGGUGUGAAAGUUCUGUUGUGUAGUGAUGAGGAAAGGGAACCUUUCUCCUCUCAGCAGCAGGUGGUUGUCUUAGAUAGACUUCAGUGCACACCCCUAAUUCCUGAUAAUUUUCAGGACAGCUUUUGGCCGUUUCUUAGAAGAACAGUGCCCUGCUAUUUGAUAAUGCUUUAAUUUUUUCUUAAAACAUGCUUUUUCACUCUUGGUGGUUUGAGCCUAGCUUUGGUAGUGUUAACAAUUCACCCAGAACAAAAACUCCCAUUUUUUUGCUUUGAGUUCUGAGCUCUAACUUAUCUAAUAUCUUUUCUUUCAUUUCUGAUAGCAGCUUUGAAUCCUUUCAUCAUCUUCAAUAGUACCAAGUUAGAUGUUCAAGUCUCUGUAUGUAAUUGUCAAAUGCUCAAGAUUUUGCUGAGUUUACAUGUCACAUUCACCUGCAGUGUCUUGGAGUGUGAACUUUUACCAAAACGUCUUUCUUUGCUUUUGUACAGUCCCUGACACAAGGGGAGUCUAAUCUUCAGUUUUCCGUUCUUCUUGUACUUACUUAUCUCUUCAUCUUUUUCUCUUACUUACUUCUGUUAAAGAGUUUGUCUCUACCUUUUUCCUCCUUCCCACUGUUAAAUGUGGAAUUACUUUAUGUAGAUCUCAUUUGCUUAUCGCUCUUCUUUAACUUAUGACAUGUAGAUAGGAGGUUUACAGAAUAUCUUUCCUUUUUGCUAGCAGCAACUUUAAAGUCUGAAGUCCUCCUCAAACAAGUUUUGCCAGCUGUUACAAAUCACUCAUUCGACCUCAUUCCUAUUUCAGUUGUUCUUUCAAGGCAGCUGCGUUUGAUCUUCUUGCCCAGCAUUCCAGUCUUAUGAGGAAUAGAUGGGGCUACCCAGGGGAGGCCUGACAACACAGCCUCCUUUUACUCUCUAAAGACAGGUAAUUGCAAUUUUGGCUGCCUUGUUCAAUUUGUGUUUAAUUCAUUUAAGUCAUCUGCAAAAUAGCUGUGGUAUUAAGUUGAUCCCUUCAGGAGUGUGGCGAGACUUAAACAAAUUUUGUAAUGUGCUUUCACAAUCACUGAAAUGCAAAGUGCUACUGGCUUUUUUUCUGCUUCACCCACCUUGUCCAUGUGGCUUUCUGCAGCUCCAGAUUGUGGUUUGGCAUUCAGCACUCCCUUUUCCCCACCUUAGAGAUGCUUGUAGCACCUUUCACCCACAAUGUGUCAGUGUGUAACCAGACCUCUACAAAAAAUUCACAUGCACUUCUUGUCUACAAGAAACAGCAGAUGUUUUUAUCAAAUUUACUCAUCCCUACCAGUUGUAUAUGUGGUGGACAUUGAAGUGUUUGCUUUGCCUCAGUUUCUGUAUUUCCUGUAAAAAAACCCAUAGGCUUUAAUUCUGUAGAUUGCAAGAGUGGAACAAGAAUCAAUAGUGCAAAGGAUUCUGGCAGGCCAGGAACUGAGGAAUUCUGAGAAUUUAGGAACACCAAACUCUGCUGUAUUGACUAGAUCUUUCUUAAGGCCAUAGUCUUUUAUGUCUGCUACACUUGGAUACCUAAAAUACCAAUUUUUCCAUGUACCAUGGAAAAUUUUAAUAUUUUUUUGGAUCUUGAGUACUUUGGGUUAGCUCUUUUCCUUCCAUUUGUUUAAUUUACAGUCAGCAGUGCAGUGGGUUUGUGUUUGGCAAGUUGCAGGAUGCAAAUGUUGAGUGCUUCAUCUCUUCUGCAGGUGCUGUUCUUUGGAUUUGGGUGGCUCUUCUUCAUGCGAAAGCUCUUCAAGGAUUAUGAGGUACGACAGUAUGUGGUCCAGGUGAUCUUCUCUGUGACUUUUGCCUUCUCUUGUACCAUGUUUGAGCUCAUCAUCUUUGAGAUUUUGGGAGUGCUGAACAGCAGCUCUCGAUAUUUUCAUUGGAAGCUGAACCUCUGUGUCAUUUUGCUCAUCCUGAUCUUCAUGGUGCCCUUCUACAUUGGUUACUUUGUUGUGAGCAAUAUCAGAUUAUUGCACAGACAGAAACUACUUUUUGCGUGUGUUGUGUGGUUGACAUUCAUGUAUUUCUUCUGGAAGUUGGGAGAUCCGUUUCCUAUCCUCAGCCCAAAACACGGAAUCCUGUCUAUAGAACAGCUCAUCAGCCGUGUUGGUGUGAUUGGGGUGACACUCAUGGCUUUGCUGUCAGGAUUUGGGGCUGUCAACUGUCCAUACACUUACAUGUCCUAUUUUCUCAGGAACGUGACAGAUGCAGAUAUUCUGGCUCUGGAGAGACGGCUCCUCCAGACUAUGGACAUGAUUGUUAGCAAGAAAAAACGGAUAGCAGUGGCUCACAGGACAAUGUUCCAGAGAGGAGAAGUGCAUAACAGACCCACUGGCUUCUGGGGAAUGAUAAAAAGUGUCACAACAUCUGUUCCUGGCAGUGAAAAUCUGUCUCUUAUCCAGCAAGAAGUGGAUGCCUUGGAAGAAUUGAGUCGGCAGCUUUUCCUGGAAACUGCUGACUUGCAUGCAACAAAGGAGAGAAUAGAGUAUUCCAAAACUUUCCAGGGAAAAUACUUUAACUUUUUGGGUUAUUUUUUCUCUAUCUACUGUGUCUGGAAAAUUUUCAUGGCAACCAUCAAUAUUGUAUUUGAUCGUGUGGGGAAGACUGAUCCAGUCACAAGAGGAAUUGAGAUCACUGUAAAUUACCUGGGAAUCCAGUUUGAUGUCAAAUUCUGGUCUCAGCACAUUUCCUUUAUUCUUGUUGGAAUAAUCAUUGUUACCUCUAUUAGAGGGUUGUUAAUCACACUUACAAAGUUCUUCUAUGCCAUUUCCAGCAGCAAGUCCUCCAAUGUUAUUGUUCUGCUGCUAGCACAGAUAAUGGGAAUGUACUUUGUGUCAUCAGUGCUCCUGAUCCGCAUGAGCAUGCCUCCGGAAUACCGCACCAUUAUUACAGAGGUCCUGGGAGAGCUCCAGUUCAACUUCUAUCACCGGUGGUUUGAUGUGAUAUUCCUAGUUAGUGCCCUGUCCAGUAUCCUCUUUCUCUAUUUAGCACACAAACAAGCCCCAGAAAAGCAUAUGGCCCUCUGAGGCAGAACUGCAGCCAUGCACUGCUCUCUGUCCUGUCAGCUGCACUGCUGCAGCUCCUGUGGAUUGCAGAACUCGGAGAGACAGGACUGCUGGGUGUGUUCUGGCAGUGUAACUGCAAAACUUGGAGAGACAGGACUGCUCUGUGUGUUCUGGCUCCUUGAACCUCCACACGUGUCAUCAUCCAGCUCUGUGGCUCAUUUUGUUCAGUGCCACAGCUGGAAGGGAUGGGGGUGUGUCUAUUAAACUUGAAACAGUUCAUUGCCAGGCAAUAAAAGCAAUCCUGGAUACACCACUAUCCAGGGGCAUCAGAACUUGUGUAGGCUGGCUAAGGGAACACCUUCUGCUGUUGGAACAUCAUCUUCACAGAAGGCACCAAGAAAUGCAAUUUUUCUUUUGAAAAUCAACUUAUAAUUGGGAUUUGGAGGACAGCAGUUCUGGAAAUGAAUGUGUGAGUCUAUGGAAUUAAAUAAGCUUUUGUAAUA